AUGCAUCAAUUUAACUACGAUGUGCGGAAUGGUUUCACAGAAUUCUCUAGGGCCCUCGCCUAUCAGCACGUUAAGGAUCAUCGGAACCCAGUCUUCGAAGACUUUCACGACUUUCAUGAAGCUGCUGCGACGUGGUAUGAGGUUUUGUUCUUCGCUGGGAAACGUAUCGUGCCUCCCAAGGUCGACCUCCUGCCGGCAAUCUUGGCGCAGAGCCCGUCCGCAUCGCCCGUUUUGGGGCCACGUACUCCGCCAGCCUCCCCAGCCUCGACGGCCACGCUCAUUCUCUCGCGCCCUCAUACGCCAAUCUCCGAUAAUGAAGAAAUCCCGCGCUUGAGCCAGUUGAUCUCUUAUCAAAGCAUAGAUCCACAACACGCCUCCAUCGUCAUUCCACCUGCCUUCGCCGACGAAGUCGCCGAAAUCGUCUCCAAGCUUCAACAUAACCUAUGUUUGUGCCCCCAGCCAUUGCCGCCUUACGUCGAGGAGAACCCGAUUCUCUUCAUGCUAUACACGGCGCUUGGCGAUGUCAUCCAUCUGAGCAAGGUUGCGAGCGAACAUCUGGUCGACUGGGCACAUCGUCGACUGAGGGCGACCUCGCUUGAGGAAGCAACUUUAUGUGCGGAGAAGUUGGAUUUCUUUGAGGGCGAGGUGGCUUUCAAUGAUCGGCGCCUUGCGGUAAUCUCAAAAUGCUUGACGCGCUACGAUGUCAGUUUACCACUUGGUCGCGAUUUGUUCCUCCAAACUUAUAUCCAUAAUCCCUCUGCAGGAAGCGUACAACUCGGACGGAUUUACAACCUCUCAAUACCGCACAUGUACUGA